AGAACAAGAUCAGGGGGCGAAGGAGGAGGGGAAUGAUGGAGGAGAUCAGGGAGGCCGGUCAGGCAGCUCGAGCUGAAUCAGCAGCUCACCUGCAAGAAGGGGACCUCGUGAGCUGCCACUUGUCCUUCCUUCUUCUUCUUCCCCACCACCAACAUUUUCCUGCCAAAUUCCACACGAGCACAAAUCGAAACUCCCUUCCUUCUCUCUCUCUCUCUCUCCCGACCAGCAAGCCAGGAACGCACACAGAGACUGAGACACGCCGGGGACCAGGUCGAGGACAAGCUGUUGCUGUGGAUCGGCUGGUUCUUCCCUACUCAUUCAUUGCACCCAUCACCCAUGCCAUCAUAGCACCAUAGUUCACCACCACCACAAGUCCAGAAUUCCACAAGCUUAUUAUACCUACCUCACUCCCCGGCUCCCAUGGCGUUCCUGUACAGGCUCCUCAAGUGCCGGCGCAAUGCCGCCGCCGCCGUCGCUAGCGCCGCCUUCCUCCUGCUCGUCCUCGUCCUCUCCGUCCUCCUCGCCGCCGCGCGCCGCGACGGCGACGCGGCGGGGACGAUGGUCUUCUUCUCCGGCGCUUCUCCCGCGAUCUCGGCGGCGCCUCCCUUGCUGCUGCUGCUGGGCGGCCAAGAGGAGGGGACGAGCUGCGAGGCGGCGCUGCGGUCGCUGCCGGACCACGGCUCGCGGUGCCGGUACCUGUCGUGGCAGGGGCACCCGCCGUGCGCGCCGGGGGCGUACGUCGACUACCUCCGGCUCUUCUACUGCGACUUCGGCCGCGCGCCGUGGCUGGGCGCCGGCGCGAUGGCGCUGUGGCUGCUGGUCCUCUUCUACCUCCUCGGCGACACGGCGUCGCGCUACUUCUGCGCGUCGCUCGAGGGGCUCUCGGAGGCGCUGCGCCUGCCGCCGGCCAUCGCGGGCGUCACGCUCCUCUCGCUCGGCAACGGCGCGCCCGACGUGCUCUCCAGCGUCGUCGCGUUCGCCGGCACCGGCGGUGGCGGCGGAGGCGACGCCGGGGACGUCGGGCUCAGCAGCGUGCUCGGCGGCGCGCUGUUCGUGUCCACGGUCGUGGCCGGCGUCGUCGCCGUCGUCGCGGAGAGCCGGGGGGAGGUCGUGAUCGAGCGGCGCGGGUUCGUGCGCGACGUGUGCUUCCUGCUCGUGGCGCUGUGCUACCUCCUCGCCGUGCUGCUCGCCGGCACCGUCACCGUCUGGGCCGCCGCGUCGUUCCUCUCCCUCUACGCCGCCUACGUCCUCAUCGUCUGGUUCUCCCACUGCUGCGCGGCCGCCAGAGCGGAGGACGACGACGACCCGCUCCUGGAGGACGGCAAGAAGCCCGCCGCCGCCGCGAACAAUUCCUCCGACGUCCUCGCCGCCCCUCUCCUUCUCGACGUCCACGGCGACGGCGGCGCAGCACCUCCGCUCCCCAUCUCCUUCAACAAGUCUACCACUUCCCCGCCGCCGGAGAAAACCUUCUCCCAGCGCGCCAUGGACGCGCUCCAGUCGCCGCUGUACCUCCCGCGGCGCCUGACGAUCCCGGACAUCACCGCGCACCGGUGGUCCAAGCGCUACGCCGUGGCGUCCGCCUUUCUCUCCCCGCUCCUCCUCGCCGCCACCUCUUCCCCCACCAGCCCCGCCGCGCUCUUCUCCGCCUUGGCGGCGGGUGCCCUCCUGGCCGCCGCGGCUGCCCACACAACAACCUCCACCUCCCCUCCUGAGACCCGGUGCGGGCGCCUCCCGUGGCUCGCGGGCGGGUUCCUGAUGUCGGUGCUCUGGUCCUACCUCCUAGCCCGCGAGCUCGUCGCCCUUCUCGUGGCGAUCGGUCUCGUCGCCGGCGUGAAGGCGAGCGUGCUGGGCGCGACAGUGCUGGCGUGGGGGAACUCGCUGGGGGACCUGGUGGCGGACGUGGCGAUGGCCAUGCACGGUGGCGCCGGCGGGGCCCAGACGGCCGUGUCGGGCUGCUACGCGGGCCCGGCGUUCAACACGGUGGUGGGCCUGGGCCUGUCGCUCACGAUGGCCGCCGGGGCCCGGUACCCGCGGCCGUACGCGAUCCCGGCGGACGCGUCGGCGUACCAGGCCGCGGGAUUCCUUGCGGCGGCGCUGGUGUGGGCCAUCGUGGUGCUCCCCGCCCGCGGGAUGCGGCUCGACCGGGUGCUCGGGGUCGGCCUCCUCGUCGUCUACCUCGCGUUCAUCGCCGUCAGGCUGGUCUCGCUCGGAGGGUCUUGAUCUUUUUCUUUUGCUAUUAUUUAAUCAUUAAUUUUGGGGUGGUUGUAUAUUAUCAUAUAUAAUUGGGUGGUGGUGAUGGUCGAUUUAUUGGAGCGUCGUCAAUUUUUUGUUGGAUUGGAUAUGAUGCAUGGAGAGCUGUUGAUCGAUGAUGAUGAUGUACCAUGCCAAGAACUUCUCUCUUCAAAUCAAAUGUACAUGUAUAGCGUAUUAAUUAAAUGGUGUUUUUAUGUAAGUUGUUGAUCGAUUA